AUGAAUCGGAAUCGGUUGUCUCAGCGUUUCUACAUAGGACCUUACCGCAUCUGCCCAGUUGCCAAGAUCUUCAUGCGGAAGCCCAGUGGCUCCAUUGUCACCUAUAGGGUACACAUCAGUAAACCAUCAAAAGCCAGUGAUUAUGAGGAGGAUGAAUUUGAUGACAGUGAUGAGGAAAAGGUUGCCAAUAAAAGCUUUGAUGGAGACAUCAAUGCAGAGGCGGAAGAUGGUCAAACUGAAGAGUCAGAGAUGCAGUUUGGAGUCACACCCUUCCUAAGCGGAGUUCUACCCGCCGGCAGACUGAGAGCCAGGACCAAACCUGUUGGCUGCCAAGUAAAUGGACUUAUACAGGUAAAUGGCAAAUGCUACAAUCAGGCAAGACUGUUGCUGGGGAACAUGGGAUCUCUACAUCCAGCUAACCGCCUUGCAGCAUAUGUCACAGGCCGACUGCAUACUCCUGUCGACACUGUUCAUAAAGUCUCUAAGAAACCACAGUCUAUGCAAAAAAAUGACACUCCUGGUACUCUGCGCAUAAAGGCUGCAGGCACAGUGGUCCCUCCAAUUGUCAGUGCAAGGAGAACCACUGAUCUGAAGACACCAACACAAGCACCAGUUCACUUCCAGCCUGACUCCUGGAGAAAAGGAUUCACCACAUUGCCGCAACAUUCACAAAACUCCUCCAUCAUUAACCCUGUCCAGUCAUUCAUCUCGAGCCAACUCAGCUUGGUCAGUCCCUUCCAGAACAGCUCCACGUCCUCGCCUGUUUCGCUGACAGUCUCCCCCUCGCUGAAAACCCCCAGCUUCCUGGGACAGAGUGGGACCUAUUCAUUCAGGAUCUGCCCUCCAACCAACCAGAGCACGGGGGCCCAGAACCUACCAGGAGUUGCCUUGCCUGGGGGCUUCACUCUCAUUCAACUCCCAAAACCUGGAGCUGAUGGAGCUGCACAACGACCAGAAACUGUGAACACCUCAGACAUAGCUGCUGUGGAUAAAGCCCCGCCACAAAGAGAUGCUUUGUUUAAUUUUGGCCACUUAGCUGCUAAUUUGGAUGCUAAUUGGCUUGGUGAGGACACUCUUAAUGAAGGUAAAGACCUGUCCAACAGCAUAUCAGUGGAGCCUGGCCACUCGUCUGAGCUGAUAUGUGAUGAGAAGAUGCCUUCAGAUGAGAGUGAUGAAGCCAACAGUAGGCAGGUGGAGUCAAACCUGGAUAUCGCUUCAGAGGACUUAAGCUCUGACUCAUCAGACUACUGUGGUGACGAAGAUGAGGAGCCAGUGGAUAUCGAGACUGUGGAGGAAGCAAGACAAGAAAUGGCAAUUGCUAAAAUGAGGGAAGCUGUUAGGAAAACAUUACAGGAGUCACGAGAUUCCAGUGAUGAUUUUGGAUCCGCGAGGGACCUCAGGAUCCAGGAUCAAAUGGACAACGAAGAAGGUGACGCCAAGGACAAAAAGAGGCGAAAGAACCACACAGUGCUAGAACGGCAAAGACGCUCUGAACAGCGGGACCUCUUCGACAAACUCCAGACUGUCCUCCGGAGUGACCCCAGGGCCCCCAGGCUCCGCCUCCUCUCACUGGCUCUAAAGGAAAUCCAAAACCUGGUUGAGACCUCCAGAUGUCUGGAGGAGAAGAAGAGGAAGCUGACUGAGAUGCAGUCUGUCUAUGUGAAGGAGCUUUCUCUUUUGUCUGGAAAGUCUGAGAACCUGAUUAAAAACAAGCUGAAGGAUAUCUGCCAGAGGCAGAAAAUGAGAGAGAAGACAAUGAAAUGGAGGCCUAUCUUUUCCCAUCUACUCCAGUCCAGAGCGGCUCUCCUACAAGCCAAAAAUCCCCAGUCCAUGUCAAAGCCCAUGCCCCUGUUACAGCCUGACUUCCUAAUGGCUUCAUCUGCAGCCCAAAACAAUGUACACCAGGUGAUGUCUCUGCUUCAGCCUAAUGUACACAGGGCUCAAUCCAGUGCACAGGCGCCCGUGCCCCUUCCCACCCACACGUCCAAGUUUGAGGACCAGCAGGAAGCGACUGGAGCUCCAGCCCAGGACACCCAGUCUCAGGUCCCAACAGUUCCAGCUUCCCCUCAGGUCACAGCAGCUCAGGAUGGAACCUCACCCGUGUCCUCAACACCCAAUUCCCAAAACCCCUCUGCUCCCCCUCCACAGCCAUUUACUCUUCCUCUGAUUCGCUCGAAGACCGGCAGACUCAUACUUCCCUCAUCUCUGAAACCACUUGGUCAAGGCUUCUACACACUCAUGUUUAUGGAAGCCAAGCAGAAGGGAGAAAAGGGAGAGGUUAGCACUUCAGCUAACAUGCAGCGUUGUGACGUGGCCUCCAAGAACCAGGAUAACAGCUUUUCUGCAUCUGACCACCCCUCCGACUCAGAAAGCAGCCGUAUUUUGGAGGAGGACAAAACUACACCUUCAAAUUCUGAUCCAAAGCGUUCACAUACAACAGCCCCCCUGUCCGGGCCUGCCUUCAUUAACAAAUCAAACCAUCGGCCUUCAGCUGAUGUAGAGAACAGACAGGAGGGGGGCACGGUCGCAGGUUUGAACAAAGCACAGGCGGCUGCCUGCUUGAGUUUUAACCGUGUGGGUCAGGUUCCUCCUUCAGCCAAGGAUGAACCAGCUCCUAACCCUCCUGAAGUCCGGCGCCGCAGGGGCAGGCCUCGAAAGAACCCUCUUCCCCCUGUUAGUGAAAACGAAAAACGUACUGUGGUAGAAGAGACCAGGAAAAGUGUCAGUGUAAGUGAAGCAGUUAUUCUGGUUGAAAAGAGAAAAAGUGAAAAAAAAUCUUUGGAUGUGACCGAGACACGAGCUGAGGACACCCCAGUAAUGGUCAGUGGCGUAGCAGAUAACCCUGUUCCCGUGAAACGAGGCAGAGGAAGGCCUCCGAAGAAGAGCAGGGCUCACUCGUGGCGGCCGGUUUUACGAGAAGAAAGCAGUCCGUCUAAAUCCAACGAGGACAGUCCUGUCAGACCCUUGUGCCAUUUUAAAAGCCGUGAUAUGAAACCUAACGCAGACCCCGCAGCAUCCGCCUUGCCUGGAAAUAUAAAAACAUCUCGGCCAUUAACGCGAGGAGCUUUGGGAAAGGACUUCCCCAGUGCCAAGAAACGCUCCUGGAUUGAUAUAGAAAAGGAACUGGAACCAGAGCUUGAAUAUGAAUAGUUCUCAUAUCUUCCCGUCGCUACAAAAGCCAAUGCACACGGAUGUUUAACCUCAGUUAGUCUCACACUGAAACCUCACACCUCUCUGAGGCAGCUGUAUUUCUCCCAGCAUCAUCCACCCAGUCUUACUUAUCUAGAGGAGUUUCUCUAUCCUGCUCUCUGUUUAUUUGUGUGAACAAGUUACAUAGGUCAUUGAUAGCCUCGCCAAAUGUGCCUGUGUGUAAAUCCAAAGGACCAGAGAGACCGUUAAACACUUGAAGCUGCUCUUUUCUGUAUGUUAGCACACAACUCAGUGGACUUCUUUCAUACUAUAGAGACAGGCUGUUUUCUGCUAUGAAGAUAUAAGAGAAAGCAUUAAGUGACCUGCUGAAUGUAUGAAUAGAAUUUAUGCUAACUCCCACAAUCAUUUUUGGUGUUUUCUUCUAUGAAUGUCACCUACAUUCAUGUUUAUUUCUUGUCAGAAGCAUGAUAUUAAGAUUUAUUCAAAUUAUGUUGAAGUCAUUUAUUACUAAUCUGUUUUAUGCAAAUAAAAAUAAAAUUGUACAGAUUACAUUAAUUGAAUAUGUUAAGCCUUACAGUGUAAGUUAAAUAUCUGUAUCCUGAAUAGGAUCAGACAUCACACUGCAUCAUUAACUCUAUAAAGUGUAAAAGUCAACAUUUGUCCUUCCCAUUUUUAUUAAGAGCUAGCUUGGUGAAUAUUUCCUCUUUUAGAUUGUUUUUUUUUUGUCACUAACUCAGUGAAAAACAUCUACAGUAGCACUUUAUGUUUUGUUUUAGUAUGUGUUUGUAUAGUGAGAGUAAUGAUCUGUAAUUUGGGGAAUUAGUUCAAUAAUAUGCAUAAGCCUGAUGUGUCACAAGCAAUCAAGAUAAAAGCUGUUAGCCAUGUAUUAUAUCUAUAAAAAAUAACCUGUAAAUAUUGUAUUCCUUUUUUAAUUGCAAUAUAUUUUUCUCAUGGAUGAUUUUUGAAACACUGGUUGUCCUCUUACUUCAGUCAAGUUGAAAAUGUGAAAAAUCAUGUGGCCUUUGAAACCAAU